AUGGCGACGGGAUUGCCAGCCGGCUGGGAGGUCCGGCACUCGAACAGCAAGAACCUCCCGUAUUACUUCAACCCGCAAACCAAGGAAUCGCGAUGGGAGCCGCCACAGGAGACUGAUAGCGAAACGCUGAAGCAUUACAUGGGCCAGUAUCAUACGGCCAACCUCCGACAGGACGGCGUCGCCGCCCAGCAAAGCCUUGACGGCAAGAUCCGAUGCGCACAUCUGCUUGUCAAACAUAGAGACUCGCGGCGACCAAGCUCGUGGCGUGAAGCUCAGAUUACCAGGUCCAAGGACGACGCUAUGGUGAUUAUCCGCAAUCACGAAAGCAGGAUCAAAAGCGGUGCGACAAGCCUUGGCGAACUGGCGACCACAGAGAGCGAUUGCAGCUCCGCCAGAAAGCGAGGUGAUCUAGGUUUCUUCGGUAAAGGCGACAUGCAGAAGGAGUUCGAGGAAGCAUCGUUCGGCUUAAGGCCUGGCGAGGUAUCACCAGUCAUCCAGACUGCCUCUGGGCUGCAUCUUAUUGAGAGGUGAGCUCGAGUAACCUCACUCAAACUUGGUCGAAUACAAGAAGGCGGCCGAGACAGAGUCGCAUAAAGGUUAUCAUCUGCAUGGUCCAUGGCUUUGUGGGGUGCAUGUUAGGAGCGCUCCCUUGAGCGUAUGGUCUUGUGGAGAUAAAGCAAGCAUAGUAGGUCAAAGAAGACGAUGUCUCUCCGUAUUGAAUCAAUUGUUCGCCGGCUGCGGCUCGGCGGUAUGCACCGCAUCCUCUGCACAAAGCCGCGCAGGUGCUUCUCUCC